CUUGGAGGAGGCUCGCAGGGGGAGGGGAGGCAGCUUUGCAGGGCUCUUUGCCUCUACCUCCCGCUUGCCGAGCCCGCCGCUUCCGUUCCUGACCAUCAUUCCCAUCCCCGAACACAUGGAACUGCUGUGCGGCGGGGAGGGGGUGAUCCGGGCGAAGCGGGACCCGCAGUUAUUAGGUAACCGGCGCGUCCUGCAGAAUCUGCUAAGCCAGGAAGAGCGCUACAGCCCCAACGUCUCUUACUUCCAGUGCGUGCAGAAAGAGAUUCAGCCCUACAUGCGGAAGAUGUUGGCUUUCUGGAUGUUGGAGGUUUGUGAGGAACAGAAGUGCGAAGAGGAGGUUUUCCCCUUGGCCAUGAAUUAUGUGGAUCGCUACCUGUCUUGUGUCCCCACUCGCAAAAACCACUUGCAGCUUUUGGGUGCUGUCUGUAUGCUUCUAGCCUCCAAGUUGCGAGACACCAUGCCACUAACUGUGAAGAAACUCUGCAUUUAUACAGACAAUUCUAUCACACCAUGCCAAGUUUUGGAAUGGGAGGUUUUAGUCCUAGAGAAGCUAAAGUGGGACCUGUUGUCGGUGAUAGCAAAUGACUUCCUGGAUCAUAUUCUCCAGCGGCUUCCACUUCCCCAGAAUAAAGUGGACUUGGUGAAGAAACAUGCACAGACUUUCAUAGCAUUGUGUGCCACAGAUUACAUCUUUGCUAUGUAUCCACCAUCUAUGGUUGCCACGGGUAGUAUUGGAGCAGCAAUCCAUGGUCUCUCUGCCUCAUCUGAUUGUAUUACUGGUGAGGAGCUUACAGAACGGCUUGCUAGCAUUACCCGCACAGAGGUGGUUUUCUGGAAAAUUGCCCCUGAAGUCUAA